UAUACCUAUGCUCUUGCGUGUAUCGUACUACAUGUAUGGGUCGUGUGUUCACAGGGAGGCGUUGGCAACGCGAAAACAAAGGCGACGCUAACAGCCUAUGUCGUGACGUCGUUGAUUGAGUCCAACGUGGCCGACGCAGGGCGCGCCAUCUCGGCUGCCUUCUCCUGCAUCGAGAGUGAAACCUUCGAGGACGCCUACACCACGGCGCUGGUGGCUUAUGCGUACGCCCGACACGGCGACAUGCCCAAAACUCAGGAAUACUUUGAUAGGUUGCUUAAGAUGGCUGUACGAAACGAGACCGCACAAACGACGCACUGGGAGAAGGCUGUACCAGAGACAGUGGACGUGACGUUGCCAUGGAACCGGCAAGCCGAGAAGAAGGCGAUAAACACUGAGAUGACAGCAUACGCUCUGCUGACGCUGAUGCAGAUGGAAAAUGAUGACACAGCGCUGCCUCUCACCAUCGUCAGGUGGAUAACGCAGCAGCAAAACUCUCGGGGUGGCUUCUCGUCAACACAGGAGACUGUCGUCGCACUGCAGGCUCUCUCCAAGUUUGCCAUGGUGUUCUUCGGUUCUCAAACCAGCAGCGACAUCGCGAUCAGCGGUGACGACGUUAACGCUGCCGUGAGCGUGUCUAGCAUCAACAGCCUAGUCCAGCAGCUGGUCGACGUGCCCUCGGUACCCAGCAAGCUCGAGGUCACGGUGACGGGGUCACGAUGCGUCAUCAUUCAGGGCAACGUGUUCUACAACCUGUUCGAAGAGAAGAGAAGGCUUCCUGUAUUUUCAGCCAGUGCUGAUGUCACGACGACUAACUGUAAGACGUGGGAGAUAACAGCCUGUGGCACGUUUACUGGUGAGGAACCAUCAAAUAUGGCUAUAAUCAGUGUAAAUAUGGUCACCGGAUAUUCACCAGUGAAGGCGUCAUUGCGGGAGCUUAUUGGCAAGCCAAGUAAAGGUUCCCAAUUGAAGCGGUUCGAUAUUGAAGGCAAGACUGUUGAUAUCUACGUGAAUAAGUUCGAACCAGGCCAGCAGGUGUGUGUGACCUUUCAACUGGAGAAAUAUCUGGACGUGGAAAACGUGAAGCCUGCCGCUGUGAAGGUGUACGACUACUACGAGACAGAACAGGCAGCUUCGACUCUGUACAGCAUAGAUGAAUGCAAGUAAGCAGCUAAUGCAGCGACCAGAGGGAUACGGAAAUCGAUAUCAUUAUAUCAACAAUCGAAAGCAUCACUGUCACAUUAUUAAUUACCAUCGAUGACAGAGACGUUAUCGUUGGCUGUGUUAAAAGUAUGCGUCACAGCUAUAUAUCUAUUGAGGUUUGCGGGACGUUUUUAAACAUAAAAUUAUGGGAAAAAAUAAGAGCAGGUAUGAAAUUUGGCUAGUCAUGAUAGUGAUACCGUAAGCAUAUCCAAUAGUUCAUGCAUGGCAUGAGCAGUAUUUAAAUAUUUGACUUCGUGAAAAUCGUCUUUCCUCCGUGUGAUUAUCCAUAUUAUUUGGUCAAUAAAUUAUUUAAGGCAA